AGCCCGGGUGGCCGGCGUCUCUUCCCCAGCUCGCGGUUCCCCCGUAACGCUCGGGACUUGCCGAGAGUGGGGACGCCGGCAACAUGUCUGUGGCCUUCGCAGCCCCGAGGCAGCGAGGCAAAGGAGAGAUCACUCCGGCCGCGAUUCAGAAGAUGUUGGAUGAAAAUAACCAUCUUAUACAGUGUAUAAUGGACUAUCAAAAUAAAGGAAAGACCUCAGAGUGUUCUCAGUAUCAGCAAAUGUUGCAUACAAACUUGGUGUACCUUGCUACGAUAGCAGAUUCUAAUCAAAAUAUGCAGUCCCUUUUACCAGCACCACCCACACAGAAUAUGCCUAUGGGUCUUGGAGGGAUGAAUCAAAGCGGUCCUCCCCCACCUCCGCGCUCUCACAACAUGUCUUCAGAUGGAAUUGUAGGUGGGGGUCCUCCUGCACCACACAUGCAGAACCAGAUGAACGGCCAGAUGCCUGGGCCUAACCAUAUGCCUAUGCAGGGACCUGGACCCAAUCAACUCAAUAUGACGAAUAGUUCCAUGAACAUGCCUUCCAGUAGCCACGGAUCCAUGGGUGGUUAUAACCAUUCCGUGUCAUCGUCACAGAGCAUGCCAGUGCAGAACCAGAUGACGAUGAGUCAAGGACAGCCAAUGGGAAACUACGGCCCCAGACCAAACAUGAACAUGCAGCCAAACCAAGGCCCAAUGAUGCAUCAACAGCCUCCUUCACAACAGUAUAAUAUGCCACAGGGAGGUGGGCAGCAUUACCAGGGACAGCAGCCUCCAAUGGGAAUGAUGGGUCAAGUUAAUCAAGGCAAUCACAUGAUGGGUCAGAGGCAGAUUCCUCCUUAUAGACCACCUCAACAGGGCCCACCACAGCAGUACUCAGGCCAGGAAGACUAUUAUGGGGACCAAUACAGUCAUGGUGGACAAGGUCCUCCAGAAGGCAUGAACCAGCAAUAUUACCCUGAUGGAAAUUCUCAGUAUGGCCAACAGCAGGAUGCUUAUCAAGGACCACCACCACAGCAGGGAUACCCCCCGCAGCAGCAGCAGUACCCGGGGCAGCAGGCCUAUCCAGGGCAGCAGCAGGGCUAUGGGCCUUCACAAGGUGGUCCAGGUCCUCAGUAUCCCAACUACUCGCAGGGACAGGGUCAGCAGUAUGGGGGGUACAGACCAACACAGCCUGGACCACCACAGGCACCUCAACAGAGGCCUUAUGGAUAUGACCAGGGACAGUAUGGAAAUUACCAGCAAUGAAAAAGUCCUUACAUUCCAGUAGCCAAUACCUGCUAGCAGCCAUAUUGUCGCCUCAGCACUGUGGAACCUCCCUGUGAAGAGAUCCUUUCAUUCCAUCUAGUUUUUGGAAAAACUUUGUGAAUAAGUGACUGUUUCUUCAGUAAGCAGCCUUUGUGCUUAGUUGUAAAAAGCUUUAGUAGCUCAAAAAUACUUUUGAUUUCACAUUUCUACUCUAGAUGGCAACAUUGGACAGAAAAUACAAUGAUACAACCAAUUCACAAUGAUCUCGGAACUGUUUCAAACAGACUGUUACAGACUGAAAGGUGUGAACAGCUUUGUAUGCUUAUGAAGGUUAAGGGAAUUUAAUACUUUUCCACAGAUUCUUUUGUAAGGGGAAGAGGGAAAUGUACACUUUUUACAGCAGCAAUAUUUUGUAUAUUAUGUUUAUUUCAUGUGAAUAUGCAAGGUAGUACACUACUCAAAGGGCAGAAUUGGUAAUCCUCUGUUAUGUGGAUUGAAGCAUGGUAGAUGCUUGAUUGUGUUGGUCUCAAAAUGGUGUACUGUAAAGGUAAAGUUGAGGGAGAUGACAAAGCACACCGCGUGUCCACUGAUAGGUUCUCACAGGGGAAACACAAGGGCACUGUGAUAGCGUGGAGUAAAAGGACCGUUUUUUUAGAAGCCUUCAAUUUUUGUGGAUCCAAACCUUUUUUAUAAAGCUCAUUUAUAAUACAGUUUUAAAAUGUAAGGCAAUAAUUAAUUACUUCAUGUUGGAUCUGACGAAUCUUUGGUAACAGUUUCAUGUAAAUGAACAUGGUAAUCCUCCCCUACAUAGCAAUAACUGAAAAUGGAAGUAUUACUUUUACUUUAAGUAAUCAGGGAAUUUAGUAAGUCAUAUCAAAGAAUUUUAUAAAUCCUAUCAAAGAAGAGUCAAUGUUCUAGUAAUUUUAUUUUUUAACGGUACAAAGAUCAUUGGUUUAUAUAUUUCAGGAGACUUUACAAACCUUGAUUUCAACUUUGUUAACUUGAACAAUGCUGUUUAUAGAAGAACACUUUUAUGCUUUUUCCUUUUUUUUAUGUUGGUGCAUAUAAAACAGAUGUUGAUGAGGUUUUAUUCUAAUUUGUAUUAAAAGUGUAGAAGUUGCAUGCCAGAUCACCUGGUUUAUUAUUAGCAUGGUUUAAUCAUUAUUUGAGACUCCUGUGCCUGAUUAUUUUACCUAAAUUCAGGGAUACUCUAUUGGGCAGGAAAGCAUGCAUAUAGAGUUUGUAACCAGAAUUAUUUCGGCAUAAUCUGAGAGCACCUAGCCCAAAGGUAAGUUGCUAUUUUCAUCACAGUUGCCUAUGUCCAGGGAAUAAGAUAGUCUUUAUAAUUGAAUUGGGUUCCCCCCCAAAGAGUACCAUAAAUUUGAAUAGGUGACAUGUACUGUUCUUACUGUAUUGUAAUAAAAAAAAGGAAUUUCUGUGUGUCUGAGAGAAUGAAAGAGAGAGAGAGAGAGAGAGAACGUGCGUUAAGAUCAGAAUAGUUUU